CUCCGUCGUUCAUUCUUACCGCGCGUGGUGUAUGAUUGGAAGUGUGUUUUUGUAUUGUACUGCCUGAGCGCGAGGCCUGCCUUGUAUGUACGAGUUGAGACAGCCUCACCCUCUCCAUCCCGGCCAGAGUCGCUCUUCCUGGACCCCUUGAUCCAAAGCGCCUACCCCCACAUUCAAGUCACCGCCUGUUUGAGAGGACUCGUAUCGUAUCAGCAUGGCUUUCUCCAAAGGCCUCUCAGACAGACCCGACGGCGCUCUCUUGUACCGCCCUCAUCAGUCGCCGCGAGAAGAUGCGCCCUACCCAACAUCAGCUACCACUUUUCCCUCGCCUCUAUCGCCUUUGCGGAAUCUCAGCCUGGCUGCUACUGCUGCAGAGGGUCGCGGAAGCCUGCAACGUCGCUUUACCACGAAUGCCCUGCCUACCUUAUCGCCUAUCGCUCAGCAGCGACGUCAGGCUGCCGAUCCCGCCAUGACGGCCUUCAACAAGAUUACUCCCACAGAGAGGAAAACUCGUCAAUACGAAGAACUUCUUGCUCAGCAACGUCGUAUCCAGGCACAGAUGGCCAUGAUUGACCCGGAAACUCGUCGUGAGGUCGACGAGCAACAAAAGUUGGAGCAGGACAUCACCAUGUUCACAACUGGACACUUGAGCGAGCCCACCACGCCACCAGAUUACUAUAGCUCCGUCAAUCGUGUACACAGCGCUCGUCUGUCCACUGCUAGUAUGGCAUCGCCUCCUGGUUUCCCGACUCGUCCCAGUCGUUCAGGCUCGCAACUUACAUCUCCCCAUGCAGCCUUCUCUAGGCCUGUCACCUCUCAUACUCACACGUCAUCUAUUCCUUCCAGAUCAGUGCCCGCUUCGCGCCGUGGCUCAGACGAAGAUGAGGAGGAGAACGCUUAUUCGUUCGCGGACAUCAAUCACCGCGCCGCAGCCAACCUCAACCGCAACUCAAUGCCUGUCAAGAUGGCCGAACUGUCUUCCCUCCUUGGCUCUGUCAACACCACCGGCUUUCUGUUUGGCGACGAGGACGACCACAAGUCGACCCGUGUCCAGAACCAGGCCGCUUCUCCUGACGCAAACAACUACCUUCAACUCCAGACCAGCAACGACAAGUUCCCUAUUCUCGUUCGUCGUGACGGCGAGGGUAUGCAGCUUUCCGCUUCUUCCGCAGCCAUGGAACUGGCCCAGGCCCAGCAGAACGGCUCCGACAAUCAGCUCAUGACAGAUCGUACCAACGCCUCCCGCACCAACAGACAGAGUCUUCCUCCCAGCGCCAUGCGUCAGACUGGAUACGGCGAGGCUGCCAUGUCUCCUCUCAACGGUAUCUUGACCGAGCUCAACACCGCAAAGAACACUGCCGCCAACAGACGAUCUGUCGAAGUCAAGUUCAGUGGCCUUGCUACUUCCAAGCGUCCUGGUCUUCUGGCCUCACCCAAGGGUAUUGGCUCAAACGGCGUGCCCAAGCUGCAGGGCUCUUACUCGACCAACGACAUUCCCACCUUGAAGAGCACAAACGCCGGCAACUUCUCCGACAUCUCUGGCGCCGUUCAAAGCCCUCGCCCUGAGUUCAUCUCUCCUGCUCGCCAGACCUCUGUCCUCGGCAACGGCCACCAGAACGGCUUCCACACCCCCUCUCGUCAAGAACAGAACAAGCCCGAAGAACACUCCAGCGCCGCCUCGCAAAGAUCUGGCCUCCAAGCCAGUGCUGCACCCUUCGGACCUUCAGUCGCUUCGCCUUCCUUCGAGCCUGCUCGCGCCUUCAACGCCAUCACGAACGCCAACAGCAACGGCAACGGUCAUUCAAGCCCUCUUUCCAUGCAGAGCUACGGCAAUGGAGCCUACUACGGCGGCUAUGGUAUGCAGAUGUUGGGCAAUGGCUUCAACCAGAUGUAUGUUGGCAACCAGGGUGGAGGUCAGUGGGCUAGCCCGCCCGGUCCCAUGCCCGGCUUCCAGCACGGAUUUGGUGGUGGUUAUUCGCAGCAACUCUCCCAGCAGAGCCCCGCGCGCUACAACGACAGCCAGGCUCGCGUCAUGCAACAACGCCGCAGCCAGAACGGGGAAGACAACUCGCGCUACCUCAAUGUCGAUUUGCAGGAUGUCGUUGGCGAGAUCUAUGGCCUUUGCAAGGAUCAGCACGGCUGUCGCUACCUGCAGAAGAAGCUCGAAGAAGGCAAUGCUGAGAACAUCAGACUCAUCUUCGAGGAGACCAACCCUCACAUGAUCGAGUUGAUGACUGACCCCUUCGGCAACUACCUCUGCCAGAAGCUCCUCGAGUACGCCAACGACGAUCAGCGCACUGUCCUCAUCCGCGCAGCCGCACCCUCUAUGGUCAAGAUUGCUCUCAACCAGCACGGUACUCGCGCUCUGCAGAAGAUGAUCGAGUUCAUCUCGACCCCCGAGCAGAUCGAGAUCAUCACCGAGGCUCUGAGAUACGAAGUCGUUCCUCUCAUCCAGGAUCUCAACGGCAACCACGUCAUCCAGAAGUGCCUCAACCAUCUGUCCCCCGAGGACGCCCAGUUCAUCUUUGACGCUGUUGGCACUAGCUGUGUCAUUGUCGGCACUCAUCGUCAUGGCUGCUGUGUUCUCCAGCGCUGUAUCGAUCAUGCUUCUGGCAACCAGAAGGGUCAGCUUGUUCAGUACAUCACCAUGAACGCCUUCACUCUUGUUCAGGAUCCUUUCGGCAACUAUGUUGUACAGUACAUCCUCGACCUUGGUGAGCCUGCCUUCUCCGAGCCUCUCGCUGAGAGCUUCCUCGGCAACGUUGCAAUCCUCUCCAGACAGAAGUUCAGUUCCAACGUCAUCGAGAAGUCGAUUCGCACUGGCAACGAGAACACCAGACGCGCUCUCAUCAAUGAGAUUAUGAACCCUGUUGAUCUCGAGAAGCUUCUCCGCGACUCCUACGCCAACUACGUUGUCCAGACGGCCAUGGACUACGCCGACCCUGAGACCAAGGCUCGUCUCAUCGACAACAUCCGUCCCAUCCUUCACUCGAUCCGUCACACUCCCUAUGGUCGUCGCAUCGCUGGCAAGAUUCAGGACUACGACCAGCACCUCAACGGCCUCCCUGGCGCCAUCUCUCCUCCCAGCACCAUGACUCCUGGUCAGAUCGGCUCGACUCCCUUCCGUACCAGCAGAUCCAACACCGUGAGCUCAUACACAAGCAACAGCCCUGUCGGUAACUCCGUCGGCAACUACGGCGCUUCCAGCAUGGGCUCUCCCACCUCUCACCAUCGUCACCAUGGAUCGAUCAACAACAUGCUCGCUCAGCCUGGCCAGCAGCAGUCCAACGGCUUCGGCCAGGGCUACCAGCAGUUCGGCCACGCUUCCCGUGCCUCUCGUUCGUCCAACAUGGGCAAUUACUGAUCGAGUCUCGCGAUUUGUUGAACAACGACUUCAUCUUAGGGGUUCCACAACUGUACUUUUUACUUGGGAUGUGUUGUUUUUUUGCAUUAGUUUGCAUAGCGCCAUCCACGAACAAAAUCAAAAGAAGGGGUUGAACAUAUGGGAUGAUCUUCGAACAGUUCAACUUCUUUUUUCGACACGAAGAUACGACAAAGACAUUACGGCCGCCUCCUCAAUAGAAGUCGAGCAGGGCAUAUGGGGA